AUGGAACGAUAUGUCGAGCACUGCCUGAGACGCAGUGGUACAGACAUGAUUCCCAAAACCCGGAUUAAGACUCUCAAGAUGACCAUUGUGAUUGUUAGCUCCUUUGUCAUCUGUUGGACGCCAUACUACCUUCUGGGGAUCUGGUACUGGUUCCAACCAGCCAUUAUCCAGCACACACCUGAGUAUGUGCACCACAUACUGUUGGUCUUUGGCAACCUGAACACAUGCUGUGACCCGGUCAUCUACAGCUUCUACACGCCGUCUUUCCAAGACGACCUAGCUGACGUGGUGGAGUGCUGCUGCCGUCGCCAAAUCAACAAUGUCUCACCUUGCUCUGUGGAGUGUCUGUCUGGUCGAAGUGCUGGAGCUGCUGUGGAGAUGGAGUCUGAUCUGAGCUCAAACCAGAAGAGUGGGAACCCCGGUUAA